GUCAAGAUUCAACCCAAAAUACGACUGGAGCUGGAGCGGAAGAAAUUCAACACGACAACAAAUCCGAACAUCAUGUUAGCGAUCAUCUUACUGUGUGCGAGCGCAAUAGCAGCCGUAGGAGGGAUUGAAUCUUCGGUAAACAACGAAUACCGAAUUGACAAUUUCCAAACCUCACCAGGAAUAUACUUCGAGGAAAUAGGAUCAUUAUAUUUGGUAAAAGGAACCUGGAAACUAGUACUCCACAUGGAUCUACACUAUAUGGAAAGAAAAGCAGACGUUUUAUUCAGAACAUUAGAAACCUUGGAAAAAUUAUGUGAGAAAACCACAGACGAUUCACUGUGUUCCAUCGUAGACAGUACUCUAAAACCACGAUUAAAGAAAGUCAGCUCCUCAAUAACGGCAAUAUACAACUUCGUAGGCACAGGAGAAAAUAGAAACAAAAGAGGACUCAUUAAUGGUUUAGGAACGGUUAUCAAAGCAAUAACUGGGAAUCUCGAUCAAGAUGACGCGGAAAAAAUAGAUAAAAACAUUGACGAGAUAAUAACAAGACAAAAAACCGACGAGGAUAUGUUAAAAGAAAAUGUACAAAUUCUGCAAUCUACGCUAAGGCUUUACAACGAAUCCACUACGGAAAUAUUAGACAAAAUGGACAACCUAACGCAUAUGAUAGAAAGAAUAAAAAACACGGUAGAAAGUCAAUUCUCAACACUAAAAAAGAAACAAAUGAUAGACGAAAAUAUAAACGGAUUUACAGCGGUAGUUGGAGCUUUUACAAGCGACGUAAACCAACUAGCGAACUUCUUAACGGAAAUUUACAAGGGAACAAUAACCCCUACGGUGAUCUCACCUAAACAAUUAUCUGACUAUUUAACAGAAGCAAUACCUUAUACUCCUAAAGGAUUAAACUUCCCAACAAGCAUUAAAAGUAGCGAAAUGACUAACCUAUUAAAAACCGCAGAAAUUACUAGCUACACUGCAAAACUACGAUUUGUUUUAAUCAUAAAAUUUCCUUUGAUCGAAAAUUAUAUGCUAAAAAUCAACAAAGUCUACCCACUACCAACAAAAAUCAAUGAAAAUCAGUUCCAGUUCAUCGAAACUACAUCGAAAAUAAUAAUCGUAGAUAAUUACAAAAGAGCGUAUUUAACAAUGUCUGAAGAAGACUUAAACAAAGCGAAGAAAGUCGACAAUAUCUAUUAUUACAAACCUAAACAAUCAAUGCAAAUAAUAAGCGACAAUACACCAUGCGAAAUAGCAAUAUAUUUAGGAAAUAAUCCCGAAAAUUUAUCAUGUAACCAACGAAUUGUAAAAUUAGAAAAAACAUUAAGGAUAUAUUGCACAGGCGAUACAAUGUUGCCAUGCUAAA